CAGUUCCAGCGGCAGGGGGCGACAGGUUUCCUGCUCGGGAGCUUUAAAGUUAUGACGUAGUGCUGCCUUUGUGGGCCUUGUGACACCGCCCCUCCAGAGGGUGCAGCGAGACUGUCGGUUAGGGUUUUCUGCCUGUAAACAAAUCUGAACCAUUCCACUAUGCGAUGAAAAUCCUCGUUUCUCGGAGGAAUUUUUUUACUUUUAUUUUUUUGAGCUGUCGCCGCUUGGAGUAACGCCUAUCAAGCCGUGAGGAUGACGUCGACGUUUGGUUUGAUAGACCGGUAGCGUCAGGUCAUAUUUGAUUGUUGGCAGUGAUCUUACCUGUCAUAUUUUGGUGGCUGUUUUUUCCCCUCCCAAUGACCUCUAUUUAAUAUUUAAUGCAAUGCACGUCUAUUUGUUUUAUUUCGAUUAGCAAAGCGUAUGAAUUUUAUUUACGUGUCGCGCUCCAAAGUUGAUUAUAAUAAUUUCAGACGGACUUGAACAUGGCAUCGAGCGCGGAGCAUGACCUGGCUCUGUCUGAGGCGGACAGCAGCAAGGAGAAAACUCAUGUUUUCGGGGUUUUGAGGCUGCAAGAAGACAAGACGGCUGGUGGGGAGAAGGCUAGCAGCAGCACGGUGAGGGGUGGAGGCGGUGGAGGAGACGGGCGAUGGCAGGCUCCUAUCUUCGCUUUGGCUAGGAAAGCGUCCGAGACUAUUUCGGGAAGCAUUCACGUCCUGCCCAAAGUGUCGGAACACAGAACGUCGCUGCCCGGGGACUGGACCAUUCAAGGUGGAGUUAGAGCAGCACCUGCUUUGCGAGACCCCAUGGCCAUGGAGCGCACCAACCUGCUGAACAUGGCCAAACUGAGCAUCAAAGGGCUGAUCGAGUCAGCGCUGAGCUUCGGACGAACUCUGGAUUCGGACUACCCACCUCUCCAGCAGUUUUUUGUGGUCAUGGAGCACUGUCUAAAACAUGGCCUUAAAGUGAAGAAGUCGUUCCUGGGUUAUAAUAAGUCACUAUGGGGGCCUUUGGAGCUGGUGGAGAAGCUUUGUCCUGAAGCAGCUGAGAUCUCCGCUUCGGUUCGAGAUCUACCAGGACUGAAGACUCCAUUAGGCAGAGCCAGAGCAUGGCUCCGCCUGGCUCUUAUGCAGAAACGGCUGGCCGAUUACCUGCGCUUGCUCAUCACUCGCAAAGACCUGCUUAGUGAUUUCUAUGAGACUUCAGCCCUGAUGCUCGAGGAAGAGGGAGCUGUGAUUGUAGGCUUGUUGGUGGGCCUCAAUGUGAUUGAUGCUAACCUGUGCGUCAAAGGAGAGGACCUGGACUCUCAGGUUGGGGUGAUUGACUUCUCUAUGUACCUGAAAAAUGACAUUGAUGACUACAGAAGUGAGGAGAGGAACAGCCAAAUAGCUUCCAUUUUGGAUCAGAAGAACUAUGUGGAGGAAUUAAACCGCCAGCUGAAUUCCACAGUUCAUGGUCUUCAAGGCAGAGUGGAUAAUUUAGAGAAGUCCAACUCCAAACUCAUUGAGGAGUUGGCCAUAGCGAAGAACAACAUCAUCAAACUGCAGGAGGAGAACCAGCAACUGAGGAGUGAAAACAAUCUGAUUCUGCUCAAAGCACAACAACACUUAGAGGUAACACAAGGAGACGUGUCGGUGGAGAGGGACACGUACAAACAGUCCCGUCAGGGGUUGGACGAGAUGUACAAUGAGGCCAGGAGACAGCUGAAGGAGGAGUGUCAGCUCAGACAGGAUGUGGAGAAUGAAUUGGUUGUCCAGGUGUCCAUGAAACAGGAAAUGGAGCUCGCCAUGAAGCUUCUGGAGAAGGACAUCCAUGAAAAGCAGGACACACUGAUCGGGCUGAGAAAUCAGCUGGACGAAGUAAAAGCCAUCAAUGUAGAGAUGUACCAGAAGAUGCAGGUACAGUCGUCCAAUGAGGAGAUGAAGAAGAAGAAUGACGUGAUCAGUCGUCUGGAGGAGAAAACCAACCAGAUCACUGCCACCAUGAAGCAGCUGGAGCAGAGAUUACAGGAGGCAGAGAGGCACCGCACCUCAGCUGAGGAAGGAACCCGCCGCUUCAAGUUGGACUUUGCCAACAAGGCCGACAGCCUGCAGCGGCAGAUUGAACACAAGGAGAAGCAGCUCCAGCAGCUGGAGACGGACCUGAAGAUAGAAAGGGAGUGGAGACAGACGUUACAAAAUGAUCUGCACAGAGAGAAAGACACGGUGGCACAACUCGGCACUGAGGCGCUGCAGAUCAACGGACUGAAAAAGGAGUUCCAUCGUCUUCAGGACGAAAACAUUCAGUUGAAGAACAUCUGUGAGGACCAAGAACAAGCUUUGGAGGAACUCGGCUCUAAACUCAGCGAAUCAAAACUGAGAAUUGAAGACAUCAAAGAAGCCAACAAAGCUCUGCAGGGUGGACAGGUUUGGUUGAAGGACAAAGACGCCACUCACUGCAAAAUGUGUGAAAAGGAGUUCUCCAUAUCAAGACGAAAGCACCACUGCAGGAACUGUGGGGAGAUUUUCUGUAACAGCUGCUCCGACAAUGAGCUCCCCCUACCCGCAUCCCCCAAACCCGUGAGAGUGUGUGACACCUGCCACGCUUUACUCCUCCAGCGAUGCUCCUCCAAUCCAACGUGAAAGAAAAGCACAACACUGCCAAAACUACCUACAUGCUUACUUGAAAAGGGGGGAAGAAGAACUUUUUUACCAAUCGACAGCAGCAGGAUUUGCUGCAGGGACUGAAUGAAACGAUGCACAAGAGUUUGUCCCGUUUAUGUCUUUGUAGCUCGAAGGAAGCUCCUUCACAGAAGCUGGGCUUUCACCUGCCCUCUUCUUCAACAAUCAAACACAGAAGAGAGUUUCCUGCUGUAAAAUAUCCCACUUAUAAAGAGGUGAGCUACAAUUUAUUUAUGUAAUAGAAAGUUUGGCUGAUGAUGCAGUAAGAAAAUGACGAGGAUUGUAAAGUUUGUCGUAGAGUAUCAUGGUGAACAGCAGACCAGUGUUUGGAGGAGGUGGAGACGGGUUUGAAAGAAGGAACAAGGAGCUUUAUAAAGAAGUGAAAAUGAAACUACACUGUCUGCUUCUGCCAAAUGUCUCUGGAUUCCUGAACCGUUCUUAGUGUCUCCUCAUGCAAAUAGCACAUUGUACAAAUGUAUUUUUCUUUACUAUUUUUAGAACACACUUGUUUCUAAUGUUUCUUCAGGGACUGAAAUGUAUUAAUGAGGUUAAAGCUGUGUUUACAUAUCAGUCUUAAAAAAUGGAAAUCCAGAUUAUGCAGAAACUCUAGUGAAAGAUUUGGUUUAUAUUUCUAUUUAGGUCCAAUGAAGCCAGAACUGUGCCACGAUAAAAAAUGUUUUUUUUUUUCCAUUUGUUGGUACAAUUUAUAUAUUUUUGCUGUAAAGACUGAUGUGUUAGGGAAUUUUACAAGUCUUGUGAGUCGCCAAUGUACCUUCAACACUGGAGAAUCUGUGUGCAACAAGUUACCAUGACAACGUGUGAAGCAGAACUCUGAACUGCAUGCUGCUUGACAAAUCGACCCCCUUUUCCCCCUGUGCAGUGCCAUUCAACAGCCAUAAUGAACACUAGUUAUAGAGAUGUGUUUUUUGUAAAUACAGUAAUUACCCAUAAAUGUAAAAGUAGAAACACAAUCUGGAUUCCAGAUCCUCCUCAUCACUGCACUGAAGAUACUGAUUAUCGGUCCUGUUUAAAUUUCAGAUCUUUAAAGCACUUCUAAAAGCCAGGUGAAUGCCUUCACCUCGUCUAAACUUUACAUUAAUACAUAUUUUUGCAGAUUAAGUUAAUUGUAAUCAUGAUUAAAUCAUCUUUUUUCUGUUGUUCCAUUAUUGAUAGGAGCAAUUUAAACUAAAACUAUAAUUUUAUUUUAUUUUAUUCUUGCCAAAAGUUUGAAGUGACGAGAUGGGUAUACACUUGAUUUUGCACUGUUUACAACCUGACUCUUAAAAACUACAACUAUUCAUUUUUUUUCUUUUUGUUUCAUAAAAAAAUGGGAAAUGUGACAUUUUCUGCAUGUAAUGUUGAUCUUGUACAUGUAUAGAUCUUAAAUUAGUUAAUUUAACUUCUAACUAAACUUGUUCAAAUUGUC